GCCUGCUUAGGAGACCUUCAUGUGACUUAUACAGUAGGUGAUUUCCUUUCUUUUGCAUGUAUUUAUACGAAUCACCUUCUCCCUCUAUCCGAACACCCAAUACCCUGCUUCAUUUAUCUAUAAAAGGGUUCUCUUUCUCUCUGUUUGUGGGAGGUGUCUGUGUGUGUAACCUAAAACCAUGAAGCAAACCCUUUAUCAUAAUGUAUUUCUCUUCUUCUUUCUUCUCCUUUUGUAUUCCCCCAAGAUAUCAGCACGUCCCAUGACGAGCAAACAAGGGCAUGAGAAGGUGGACCUCAAUGAAAUGGCCAGUAAGGACUCAUAUGUGCAAUUUCAAGGCAGUGAAAUGGUCGAUUUAAUGGGGUCAGAAGUCUGUCAAAGUGAGGAUGAAGAAUGCUUCAAGAGAAGAAUGGUAUCAGAGGCUCACUUGGACUACAUCUACACCCAGAACCACAAGCCUUGAGAACUUCAACUUCAGACAUUUUGAAAUUUCAUGGUUCUCAAUGUAUAACUACUGAGACCUUAAUUCCCUGAAUCCUACAUUAUAUUUCAUAAAAUACUUCUCAAUGACAAGUCCUGUCUGCGAGCCGUUAGGAUGGGUUUGACAGUUUUUUCUUUUUCGUUUUCUUUAGACUAUGUAAUAGUUAUACCUAAUUAAGUGUAGCUACAUGUACUUCUGUCUUUAAGUCUGUGAUUUGUGAUAAAUAGUGUGAUCGGUAAAUUUAUUGACAGAUUUCAAUUA